CUCACAACCACUUAUUUAAAAGGAUAAUUUCAACUCUUUACCUAUAUCUCACGCAUAUAAUAAUACCUUUUAAAAUUUCUUUAAUUCCGUACACAAUCAAUCAAACACCUCAUAUAAAAUGAGACACAGAGGGACUAUUUCUUUAAAGUAUCUACAAGAAAAAUAGUCACUAAAGAAAAAAUGAGCAAGUCUUGCUAUGAUCCUAACAAGGAUAAAAUACAAGAAGCUUGGUCUAAAGAUGAUAGUAUGGCUAAUUGUUGCUCUAAAAGGAUAAUUUUUUCUAAGGAAGAAGAUGAUCUUAUCAUCAGGUUUCAUGCUCUCCUUGGUGACAGGUGGUCACUUAUAGCAGAAAGAUUACCUGAGCAUAGUACUAUUGAAGUGAAGAAUUAUUGGAACUCCCAUUUAAAACUAAAACUUACAAAAAUGGGAAUCGAUCCAAUGAAUUAUCGUAUACAAGAGUAUGUUCAUAAGAAAAAUCUCGAAUUUUUUUCAUCAAGAAAUAAAGGAUUCGAUGUAGAAAUUUCUGAUGCUGAAAGUUCUUCUGCAUAAUAAUAUAUCAUUUAUUUUAAUUUUAGUUUA